AUGCUGCAGAUGAAUCUCAAUCAUUACAAGUGUACACCCUUGCAUGAAGGGAGUUUGACAAAGCAGCUACGUGUGGCAUGGUCACACUUCCGUGACCAUCCCAUUCCCUUCCACCACCACCACCACCACCCUUCACCACUCCCCUCCAAUGCCGCCAACGCCAACGCCGCCAACGCCAACGCCAAUGCCGCCAAUGCCAACGCUGCCCACGCCAACGCCAACGCCGCCCACGCCAAUGACGCCCGCACCCACGCCAACGACGCUCAUGCCCACGCCAACGACGCCCACGCCAACGUGGAAGGACAGGCCAAGAACGAGGGACGGCGCCCAUGA